AUGCACUUCACGCCACUUGCUCUUCUGUCCCUCCUGGGCGCCGCCCAGGCUGCAGCAACGCCAAAGAUCCUCUCUUUCGACGACGUUAUUGUGCCAAGCGAUGAUGGCAAAUCGUUUUCGGUCAUGAAGACCUGGGAGUAUGGCAUCCAGGAGUCGAAGCGGGAGAUGCUCAACAAGAGGGCAGGAUAUGCACCUCCAUCCCUUCCAGCCGCGGGCGCCCUCGACAGGCGCUGCGAUGAGACCACCGAGGUCCAGGUGACCUCCGACACCAGCUUCAACAACUGGGAUGUUGCCAUGUCGCCGGUUAUCGCCAACACCGGCUCAGAAACGGCCCUCGUCUCCGUCUCCAAGGGCUACGAGAUUGGCAACAGUAUCUCCAUCACGGAGAGUGUCUCAUACACGAUCAUCCCAGCCGUCCUGAAGAUGUCCUUCUCCAUCACCUACACCACCACCUGGACGACAACCGACUCCGAGACCUUCAACUUCUGGGUUCCCCCAGGACAGAACGGCCUCGUCGUCAGCCAGCCCCUGGUCCGCCGCAUCACGGGUAACUACGUCACGGGCUGCACCGACUCCCCCAAGUACGAGCCCUUCACCGCCGACUCGUACGACAGCCAAGAUUACAACGGCAUGUCCUGGGUCCGGGGGCCCAUCCUGCUUUGCAACAGCACCGAGUACCCCGUGCCCUUCUGCAACGGACAGGGCGUCCACAAGUAG